GCGACAUACCAGUAACGGAGGAACCUCCACAGGAGUUUUCCAUCACCGCAACGCCACCGUUGCCGCUGGCUGCCAUAUUUCGAAGAUGGACCCGUUUGUCGUGCACAAGUUUGGCGGCACGUCCGUGGGAAAUGCCACUGCCAUGAAGGCCGUGCGGGAAAUCAUUGCGAAUGUCGCCAACGACCGCAUCGCCGUUGUCGUGUCUGCGAUGGGCGGCAAGCCGAAAGUGACAGACCUGCUCAUCUCGCUCGUGGAACUGGCCAAGACACGUCAACAAGAUGCCAUCGCAUCGAUCAUCGACAACAUCCUGCGCAAGCACGACGACGCCAUGUCUGCGUUGUUACCAUCGGCCGUGGCAGCGCCAAUCUUAGACAGCAUCCGCGCCGACUUGAAGACGUUGGAAGACUUGCUCAAGGCCAUCUCCAUCAUGCGCUCGUACAACGAAAACGUCACGGAGUUGGUCAGUGGCCACGGGGAGCUCUGGUCGGCGCGUAUCCUCACGGCGGUGCUCAACCAGCACUUGAUUGAGCAAGGGAAGGCGGAGCGAUUUGCAUUUGUCGAUGCUCGCGAGGUUCUAGUCGUUGAGCUGGACGACAACCAUGGACCGGUGGUGCAAUACGCCGAAACAAAACAGCGCUUAUCGACACUCAUGGACACGUUGGGCAACCACACCCACUUGGUCAUUACAGGGUUCAUCUGCACGACUACCGACGGCGUCGUGACGACUCUCAAGCGCGACGGCAGCGACUUCUCCGCGUCCAUUUUUGGGCGGGUACUGGAAGCCGCCGCGAUCACAAUCUGGACCGACGUCAGCGGGGUGUACAGUGCCGACCCCCGCCGCGUACCGGAAGCCCAGAUCCUUCCCCAUGUGUCGUACCAAGAAGCGAUGGAACUGGCGUACUUUGGGGCCAAGGUGAUCCACCCCAAGACGAUGGCACCUGCGAUCGCCCAGAGCAUUCCCAUCUACAUCCGCAACACUUUUGACGCCGACCAUCCCGGCACGCGCAUUUUUCACCGCCGCGCGCUCACGCGGUCGUUGUCGGGCACCCUCGCCGAAGCCAAGACGAUCGUGAGUGGGUUUUCCACCAUUGACGACAUGGCGCUGUUCAACCUUGAAGGAAGUGGCAUGGUGGGGGUGCACGGAGUCGCGUCCCGGCUAUUUAGCGCCCUAGAUCGCAUCAAAGUAAACGUGGUGCUCAUAGCCCAAGCCAGCUCGGAGCAUUCGAUCUGCUUGGCCAUCCCUGCCGCCAACGCACCCGAUGCAAAGGACGCCAUUGAAGCCGCGUUCUUCAAAGAACUGCACCAUGGCCUCAUCGAUGCCGUGACCUACGUUGCGCCUGCGACCAUCAUCGCCGCCGUGGGCGACAACAUGUCGGAAACCCCCGGCGUGUGCGCUCGGUUCUUUGGCGCGUUGGGUCGCGCCAAGAUCAACGUCCUCGCCAUCUCCCAAGGCUCAUCGGAGCGCAACAUUUCAGCGGUGGUCCGUUUCCAAGACUCGGGCGCCGCGCUGCGAGCGGCGCAUGCGGCCUUCUUCAUGGCCGACCACGCUGUGAGCGUGGGCAUUCUGUCGCCAUCCGCGGCUUCGACUGUCGGCAUGGCGCUGCAGUCGCAGUUGUUUACGCAAUCCCAAGUCCUCGUCAACCGCUUCAACGUCGACUUGCGGCUCUGUGCGGUGGCAUGUCAAAGCCCGACGACCAAUGGAAGCAGCACUCGUCCCACCGCCGUCACAUGCAGUGUCCACGCUACUGGCUUUGACGCGGCGUCUCUGAGCGCGAGUGUGGACGUGGCGUCGUCGAUGGCCGAGUGGCAUCGGCACGUCCAAGUGGAUCACAUCCCGCACGCGGUGGUCGUGGACUUGUCCAACGACGAGGCCACGCUGUCGCAGUACCCGGUGUGGCUGGCCGCCAACUGCCACAUUGUGAGUGCGAAUUUGCACGUGGCGAGUAUGCCCGUGACGUGGCAUCUCCAGGUGGCUGCGGUGCAGUCGCUGCAUAAAGUGACUGUGGAUUCCAACGCGAGUCUCGGGAUGAGUGUGCCGGUGCUGUCGACGAUCCAAAACCUGCUGCUGACCGGCGACAGCGUUGAGCGCGUCGAGUCGUCUUGGAGCUCUCUCUUCAAUGCGCUCGUAGCCAAGCUGCAAGGGACUGCCGAAUUGGCGGGCGCGGCGGUGGACUCCGUGCUGAGUCAGUAUGCGGGGCUGUCCCCCCAAGACAUGCUGGAGGACCUCACGGGGCUGCGGUCGGCCAAAAAGAUGGUGCUCGUGGCUCGGGAAUUGGGCCUGAAUGAAGACGUACAUGCUGCCAAGAUUGCGUCGCCGUUUCCCAUGCCAACGUCGGACGAGUGGAAGUCGUGGACGUCCGUGGCCGACGUCAAAGCGUAUAUUCUAUUGCACGUUCCGACGUUGCAACCAUGGCUAGCCACCGCAUCCAACACUCGAUUGGUGUCGACGUUGAAUGCAGAUGUGGGCGGGAUUUCCAUCGACGUGCAGACUUUGCUGGCACCGCAUCCGUUUGCGGGGCUCAUGGGGGAGCAGUGUGCCCUUGCAUUUUACACGAGUCGACACCAGCCCCAUCCGCUGGUGAUCUGCGGUUCGUCGUUCGCGUCCGACGCAAGCCAAAGUCUCUUGGCCAGCACUGUGUUUGGCAGUGUGUUGAAACUCGCCCGCAGUUUGUAAUAACCAUCUGUUAAUAUAAAGUUCCAAGGGUCAUUCGAUCGGACUCGCUUUCCGAAUGUCAAACAAGCCAAAGUCCUUGCCGCGGUACUCGGGGCCGAUCAACGCGUCUGAGAUCUUGUAGUACUCGUACCCCGCCUCGGCCAACAUGCGGAAGAAGCGCAUGUCCGUGUCAUGCCGCCCGAGCCCGAGGAGGAUGCGCGUGGUCGACGGGACCACCAGCAGCUCCAGCGUGCGCAGCAGCGGCGCGUAGAACUCGGGGAGGUACGCGAUGUCGGUGCCGACGAUCCAGUCGAUGGGCGUCAACGCGCGCGCGUCGGCGGCAGUGAACGUGGUCCAAUCCAACGCCACCACCUCCACCUUGGUCGACGGCGGAAACAACUCGGCGUUGCGGACGACGUUGCGUUCCAUGGACGCCACGUGUGUGUCUAGAUCUGUCACGAUGACGCGGGACGGACCCAUGUGGGCCAUAGCAAGCCCCACGAGCCCGGUGCCGCUGCCGAGUUCGAGGACGGUUCGGCCGACGAGGGCAUCCCGUUCACGCGAGUUGCGAGCCAUGUAGUCUACGAGCAAGCGGCCGCUUGUCCAGAGAGAGCCGCCGAUGCCGACGUCCCAGUUGCAUUCGACUUCGAUGCAUGUGGCGUCGGUGGUCGUCACGGGAAUGCGCACGACUUCGGACCGAUCGCUGGUGAUGGCGCUGGUCAUUCGUCUUGAUUGUGUAUGCUGGGAAAUAUAUCCGAACAUCCGGAUAAUACA